GGCCCCUCCCCUGGAAGACUGGCCGGAGGAGACGCGGGAGCGCGGAGGUCAGGCCCCGGGGCCCGUGUCCGCGGUCCCCCGUCCUGGCUGCAGAGUCGGCGACCUCCUUACGUGCCUGCUUCUGCUUGGAGUCAUGUCUCCGAGACCUCUGGAGGGGUGAUUUCCCCCCCUCCGUGUUUUUGCCGGGAGGGUAAAUAUUUAAUCUAAAGGAUAUCUGUGUUCCCAUCGCUGUCCCUUCCCUCUGGAAAGUUAACUUCGGUCGGGGAUGCGUAUCUUCCUUUCUGGGGCCAUUUGACCAUUCCCUCUCCAGCCGCCGUCUGAUUUAGCAACUGGAAUCACAUUCAGAUCAGAUCACUAAAAACAAAAAACAGAAACAAAAAGCAGCAGCACCAACGACAAAAACUACCGAGCUGUUCUCCCCCGCCCAAGAAGGGCGAAUGGACUUCGGAGUGAAGAUGCAGGGGGGCGAGCCGGUGGCGACGAUGAAAGUCUCGGAGAGCGAGGGCAAGCUGGAGGGCCUGGCCACAACCGUGACCCCCAACAAGAACAGCAGCAACAGCAGCUGUGGGGGCGGCGGCAGCAGCAGCAGCAGCCGCGGCGGCGGCGGCGGCGGGAAAGGCUGGCAGUACAGUGACCACAUGGAAAAUGUGUAUGGUUAUUUAAUGAAGUACACCAACCUUGUCACUGGAUGGCAAUACAGGUUUUUUGUUUUGAACAAUGAAGCUGGGCUGUUGGAGUACUUUGUGAAUGAGCAGUCUAGAAAUCAAAAACCCAGAGGUACUUUGCAGCUUGCGGGAGCUGUAAUAUCACCCAGUGAUGAGGACUCCCACACCUUCACUGUAAAUGCUGCCAGUGGGGAACAGUAUAAACUCAGAGCCACAGAUGCUAAGGAGCGACAGCAUUGGGUUAGCAGACUUCAGAUAUGUACACAACAUCACACUGAAGCUAUUGGAAAGAAUAAUCCUCCUCUGAAGUCACGGAGCUUCUCGCUUGCAUCUAGUGGUAAUUCUCCUAUAUCCCAGAGGAGACCGAGUCAAAAUGCCAUUUCUUUUUUUAAUGUUGGACAUUCCAAACUGCAGUCAGUGAGCAAAAGAGCACACUUACCUCCAGACCAUCUUGUGGAAGUCAGAGAAAUGAUGUCUCAUGCUGAAGGACAACAAAGAGAUUUAAUUAGACGGAUUGAAUGUCUUCCUGCUUCUGGCCAUCUUAGUUCCUUGGACCAGGAUCUCUUAAUGCUCAAAGCUACUUCCAUGGCAACUAUGAACUGCUUAAAUGACUGCUUUCACAUUCUCCAGUUGCAGCAUGCGUCGCAUCAGAAGGGCUCAUUGCCUGCAGGAACGACAAUCGAGUGGUUAGAACCAAAGAUACCUUUAUCAAACCACUAUAAAAAUGGAGCUGACCAGCCUUUUCCAGCUGAGCAGAGCAAGCCAGUGGCAGUCCCAGAGGAACAGUCUGUUGCAGAAUCUGGACUGUUAACAAGGGAACCUGAAGAAAUAAAUGCAGAUGAUGAGAUAGAGGAUACAGGUGACAACAAGGAAGAUGACCUGGGGGCUGUGGAAGAGCAACGCAGCGUUAUCCUACAUCUUUUGUCCCAGCUUAAGCUGGGCAUGGAUUUAACAAGGGUGGUGCUUCCUACAUUUAUCCUAGAGAAGCGGUCCCUGCUGGAAAUGUAUGCAGACUUUAUGUCUCACCCCGACCUAUUCAUAGCCAUCACUGAUGGAGCCACAGCCGAGGACAGGAUGACUCGCUUCGUUGAGUACUACCUUACCUCAUUUCAUGAAGGCCGUAAGGGAGCCAUUGCUAAGAAGCCGUACAAUCCCAUCAUCGGGGAAACGUUUCACUGUUCCUGGAGGGUGCCGAGAAGCAAGGUCGCCUCCAGCGUUUCCAGCAGUGCUGGCGCUCAGGCAGUCAGCAGUCACGCACCUCCGGCAGAGGAGUCUCUGAGCCAGGUGGGAUCGGACUGUGACACAGUCAGAUUCGUUGCUGAGCAGGUCUCCCAUCACCCACCAGUCUCAGGAUUUUACGCAGAAUGUGCGGAAAGGAAGAUGUGUGUGAAUGCGCACGUCUGGACUAAGAGCAAAUUCUUAGGCAUGUCCAUAGGCGUGACAAUGGUGGGAGAAGGUAUCCUCAGCCUAUUGGAGCAUGGAGAAGAGUAUACAUUUUCUCUGCCUUGUGCUUAUGCCCGGUCCAUUUUAACUGUUCCUUGGGUAGAACUGGGUGGCAAGGUCAGUGUCAACUGUGCAAAAACUGGCUAUUCAGCCAGCAUCACUUUUCACACCAAACCAUUUUAUGGUGGCAAACUGCACCGGGUUACAGCUGAAGUAAAGCACAACCUCACCAACACUGUGGUCUGCAGAGUGCAGGGAGAAUGGAACAGUGUUCUCGAGUUCACCUACAGCAAUGGGGAGACAAAGUAUGUGGACUUGACUAAGUUGGCAGUGACAAAGAAAAGAGUACGGCCUCUGGAGAAGCAGGAUCCGUUUGAAUCCAGGCGAUUGUGGAAAAACGUGACUGACUCUCUGAGAGAAUCUGAAAUUGAUAAGGCCACAGAGCAUAAGCGUACCCUGGAAGAACGCCAGAGAACUGAAGAAAGGCAUCGUGCUGAAACAGGAACUCCCUGGAAAACCAAAUAUUUUAUUAAAGAGGGAGAUGGCUGGGUCUAUCACAGACCCCUUUGGAAAGUAAUUCCGACAACUCAACCAGCAGAGUGACACUUGCUAAGACUCCACCAAAUGAGGUUCUCCUCUGUUUACCCUAAACCCUCCCAGAAUGGAGUCUUCGCACUGAGCGAGCUGCUUCCCGCCUGCACACACUGACACUAAACAUGAAUGUACCCACCAGGGCACCACCAUCCCGCAGCAAGACCAAAGUGUCCAAGGAACACAGUGGCCCUCUCCCCAGUCUCCGUGGAUGUGAGCGACACCAGCUGCAGACCUUGAACCCUGAUUCUGAGGUGAUUCAUCUUCUCCAGUCCCUGUUCUCACAGCUAAGUUUGAAUGCCCAGUUCUCGCACGGGGCAGCAGACACACAACCAUGGGAACUCAGUGACUUCGAUUUCUCUAGAGUGACACGUGACGUCUCUUUCAGAGUUUGUGUUUUGCUUUUUGUCUGUAACUGAAGUAUUCACUACUCUUAUAAACCAACCAAGAGGAGAAAGAACAUGACCUAGAAGUGGAUUCAGCCAUUGUGCCUGAAAUCAGUGUUAAAAAAAAAAAAUCAACCGAGUUGUAGUAACAAGGCACUCAGUGUCUUCAUCAAGACUGAGCGCCUGUGUCUGAGGAACUUACCCAUCAUCCACCUCUGUUGGAACUCUCUUUUCAAAAAUGUAUUUAUAAAUUGACUAGAAGUGUAACCAUGGAGGAUUUUUUCUUCUGAGCAUUUUAAUAUACUUGAAAACAGCAUUGACUUGAAAAAUUUCAGAACAUUUUUCAAUACCUAGUUUUAUUAAAUAUUACACUUGAGAGAAAAUUUUUUAAAAUGUGUUUAUGUCAAUAUGACAAGGUUCCGGCCUUUCCUGACAACUAAGGCAUUAGAGACAAAGGCAGAUAUUAAAAACUAAAACUGUUACUUUUUUCCUUAUUUUUUUUUCCAUCUGUAGAUUAAUAUCCAGUAUUAUGUACUAUCCCUCUGGAUACGUAUGCUUUAUCUUACCUCUGUUCACUCCAGAAUUCAAACACAUGGCUAUUCCUGUUUGUCAGUAAUUCAGUUCUGUUUGUGACUGAGUGCAUGUAAGGUGUGGUUUUGUUUUCUUUUCAAGGAAAUUUAAAUGCUGAAGAAAGAGUAUGAGAUAAACAGAUAUCAGGAAAAAAGAUAUCAGGUAGUUGUAUUCAGGUACAAAUCUUUUUUUUAAUAAGUAUUUUAUUGAGGUUGAAGAAUUGCUGGCAAUUAAAAGAAUAGUGCUAAUGAUGGCUUUCUUCAUUCAUUCAAGUAUUUACCGAGCACCCGUUUGUGGUGCUCAGCACUUGUUACUGCAAGCUACCUUAAUUUUCCAAGAGUGGUGCCUUACUCUUUCUCCCAGCGUAGUCUUCCAAUCAGUGUGUGGAACAUUAACCUGUUAUUCACCAGCCAUUGUAGAUGGCCAUGUCUGUUGCAUCAUCGUAAGAAGCAUAAGAUCUGUGCUUUGAUACAUUCUGUUCUGUUAGAGGGAUUAAUAGGAUGAAAACAGCGAAACAAAUUUUUGAACAAAUUGUAAAUUAUAAGAAUUGGUUUGUGUACAACCAUUUUAACGAUUCCCUUUCCAUUUUUGCUGUGAAAUGCACUGAAAAAAAUCUCAAAAUGAGUUAAAUAGUUAAUGUGUUGGGAAAUUUUAAAAAUAAUAAAACUA